CGGCUUGAGGAGCCAAUAGGCUGUGACUGACAGGCUGCUGAGCCUACCAGGAGGCGCUUUGCCUAGCGCGAGGUGGCGGAGGAGAAGCCCCGGAUGUGUAAACACGGAAGCGGGUCAGCAAUGGCGGCGGCGGAGGCGUCUGAGGCGGCGGAGGCGCGGGUGCGGGAGUGGGCGCGCGGGCAGCGCUCUCGGGGCCGGGAGCGGGUGGUGCUGGUGACGUCAGGCGGGACGCAGGUUCCGCUGGAGGCGCGCCCGGUCCGCUUCCUGGAGAACUUCAGCAGCGGGCGGCGCGGGGCGGCCUCGGCGGAGCGCUUCCUGGCCGCCGGCUACGGCGUGUGCUUCCUCCACCGCGCCCGCUCCGCCUUCCCCUUCGCCCGCCGACUGCCCCCGCCCGGGCCCGCCCUCCUCGACGCCCUCCGCCUCCGGGAAGGAGGAGAAGAAGGGGGAGAAGGAGGCGUGGAGGUGGCGCCGGGCGCGCUCCCGGGGCUGGGCCCCGCCCUGCAGGCCUACCGCCGGGCCCGCGACGGGGGCGCGCUCCUCGCCCUCGAGUUCACCGCCCUCGACGAGUACCUCGCCCUCCUCCGCGCCGCCGCCAAGGCCCUCGCCCCCCUCGGUUCAAGUGCCAUGUUCUACCUGGCGGCGGCCGUGUCUGAUUUCUACAUCCCUCCGUCUGAAAUGCCAGAACAUAAGAUCCAGUCGGCUGAUGGGCCUCUCCAGAUCACCAUGCGGAUGGUGCCCAAGAUGCUGGCCCCGCUGGUGAAGGACUGGGCUCCGGAGGCCUUUGUCAUCUCCUUCAAGCUGGAGACGGACCCCUCGCUGCUGAUCGGCAAGGCCCGCCAGGCCCUCGAGACCUACCGGCACCAGGCGGUGGUGGCCAACCUGCUGGACUCCCGCCGGACGGUUGUGACAGUGGUCACCCGGGAGAGCGAGGCCCGGCUGGUCCUCUCUGAGGAGGAGUCCGCCCAAGGCCUGGAGAUCGAGGACAAGAUCGUGGGGCACCUGGAGGCCCGGCACCGGGCUUUCAUGGCGCAGUGACCCUUUCCAAACUGGGAAUCCUCCACACUAGAUUCAGGAACGGUUUCCUUUGCGGUUUGGGCAUCAUCGGAGUUGCCUUACCUUACUGUACUGCGACACAACUUGACCAUUAUUAUUUGCACCAUUUCUGCUGCUCUGGGGGGAAGAAAACUGUACAAGAACAUUCCAAGGAUUGUCGUUUCUCUCGUUGCUUGGUUUUGGUUUCCUUUCAGCAAUAACUGUCCCUUGUUUCCCAAAAAUCACAGUCUGAGGAUGAAAAUAAUUAUAAUUAUAAUAAAAAAAAUUAUUCGGUUGUAAGCA